CAGGCAGACCGAGCGAGCGAUCGCCAGGGCGGUGAGAACGAGUCGGCGGGCGCGCGCUCUCUUUUCCGCGCGCGCCUCGAUUUUUCGAAUCCUCGACGAAGGGAGAGACGGUAGGAGGUAGGAGAGAAAGAGAGGAGAACAGGCCCGCACGGCGCACAUAUGCCCGCAGGUGCACGAACGUAGCUACGUGUGGCUGCGCGCCCUCGUCCCCUCCCCUCACUGCGUCCACUCGGCACUCGCUGCGAGGGAGGCUUGUGUGCGUGAGUGUACCUCCGGCCUCCGGCUCCAGCAUCCAGUCGGUUUUUACGUCGCGUGCGUGCCCGGUUCGUCUCGUGCGCCGCGACGUCGCGCGAUUCACGUCGAGACUGUCGUCCGGGACAUAUAAUUCGAACGAGACACCCCGCGAAUCGCGGAGAAAGAGAAACGCCGGAUGCCAUGGCCGGAUAUCGAUCCCGGUGAUAGCGCGCGGGAUCUGAAUGGCGCCAGUCGAUUUUGAAACCGGCGCAAAAUGCAAAUGGCGGCGGUAGCUCCGAAACGUCGGAGUCCUCGCCGGCUCGUGCGGACUGUGGACAGUGCGAUCAGUGCGAUCAGUGAACCGUGAGGGGAAAUCUCGAAACUUGAAGCUUGAAGCGUUCGAGAUGGACGUUGACGAGGACACGACGCGACGCUCGUUCGAAUAAUCACGUGACUGCAACGAUCUACCGCGGCGCCGGCGGUGGGACAACGCCGGUGUCGUCGCGCGUAACGUGUAACGUGUAACGUGUAACGUGUAACGUGUGUGGUUUGUCACCAUGAGCCGAUGAAGGAGCCGAGGAAGGAGAGGACCGAAGGAUCCUGAUCGAGAAUGGAAUUCGGGAGCUACAAGGGCACCGGACCACGCGUCAGGCUGCGCCGACGCGCGGACGUGGGCAGACGGCUCACCAGGAGGCUGUCCCUCGUCGCGAAAAUGCCGGCUGCGUUUCUCAGCAGGGCGAACCCGCCGGAGCCGAGGCCGGUCGAGAUCACGGCGAUUGCGCCUGACAAGACGCAGCUCACGUUAUCAGCCUCGUCGCCUGGAGCUAUUUCUUCUGUGGUUGCUCCGAUACUUUUGAAAUAUCGAGUUUGCAGACCUCGAUUGCUGCUUGCUGGAUCGAGGGCCGAGGUUGAUCCCGCGGCCGAUGUAGCCCUCUUGCAUGGCGAAGUUCUACUUAUCGAAGAUUCUGCAAGGCAGUUCGAUGCAAUUGGAGAUACAGAUCGCAGGUACAGGGCUACAGAGAAGUUGUUACAUGCGGAAGAAGAGUAUCAAGAAGCAUUGUGUAGUGCCAAAGAAUUAUACGCGCGCCCGUUGGCACGGAGUUACCCCGAGUUUCACGAUGUCAUCUUUCAACCCCUCGCAGAUUUGUCGCGAGUCAGCGCGGAGCAUUGCCAGAGGAUCCGCGGGGUACUCGAAAAUUGGGACAGCGGUGCUUUCAAGUCGAGAGACUUAUUCCCCGGCCCGUUUUGGAACUCUUACUGGGAAUACUUGGAGAAGUACAGCGAGGCUAGGAGGACGCUGGACGAGUUGAGGGCAACCGAGGACCCCUUACUGCACUUUCUCAGUCUUAGACAGGCAGCCGCGAGGCACUCGCCCUUGUCCUUACUUCUUCUACCGGUGCAGAGGCUCGCCGAUUACGAGAGGUACCUGGGACAGGAAGCGAGGAGCUUGAUAGACAGCGAGUGCAUUGACAGCGGGGCAGUCCUCCAUCGUGGACAGUUAGAGGGUGACCUUCACCGUAUCCAGGAGCUAUUCCCCGGCGACAACUUGCGGCUACACGAGCGAGACGUUGUCACCACGAAAAUGAAAAAUAUGUUACGUAAAAGAAACGGUAGUACUCCAGCCAGACUGACGAGAGGGCUUUCUCAGAAGGCACUGGAUAUUCCGGAUAGUGGCUCAUCGCCAAUUAAAUCACCGACUAGGACUUUCCUCCUGGAAACGCCAGUUCAGUUUACCACGGGUAUGCAAUCUCAGGAGAGACAUCUCUUUCUCUUCACCGAUCUUUUGCUGAUCGCGAAAGCUCGUAACAGCGGGAACUUCAAGUUGAAACAAAUAGUAAAAAUGAGUGAGCUCUGGCUUACGGCUGGUCACAUAGAAGACGUGGCGGAAAGCAGCAAGUCCGUGGAAACCAGCUUCGUUAUUGGUUGGCCCACGACGAACGUGGUGGCCACUUUCAUGACCGCUGCAGCGCGAGAUCUCUGGUGGGGACGUUUGAACGAUCUUGUGCAAGAGGAAAGAAGUAAGGAGCCGUCGAACACGAACAUUCAAGUUAUGUACCACGACAACGACACGCACACCGACUACUGCAAGACGAUCACGGUCGACUCCGACAAGACGGCGCAGGAUUGCGUGAGCAAGGCAAUGUUAUUGUGGGAUCUUCAAGCUUCUUCAGGACCUUUCCAGCUUUGGGCCCGAACGUUCCCGGACGAGCCGCCGUAUCCGUUGAUAGGGCACGAACGACCAUUCGCCGUGAAGAUGUCGCGUCUACGACACAUGCUAUCGACAGAUGAGGGUUUCGACCUGGUGCACAUCAACAAUAGCGGCGUCGAUCUAUGUCAUUUCAUCCUCAGGCCUGUGAUGAAAACACCCGCGAAAAAGAACAAUCGAUCGAAAAUAACCGGUCUAUUGCGUCGCUCACUAUCGUUGAAUCCGCACCUCUUCGGCGUGCCUCUGGCGCGGCUAGAUGAGAACGGCCUACCUAAACCCGUUCUUGUGAUGCUGCAACAAUUAUUCGCAAAAGGACCGUUCAUGCAGGGAAUAUUCCGCAAGUCUGCGAAUGUACGAAUCGUUCGAGAGUUGCGAGAACAGAUCGAGUCCACGGGAGAUCCUAGUUGCUUGGAGGAUGCGCCGAUUAUAGCGGUGGCGGCUUUGCUGAAGGACUUCCUGAGAUCUUUGCCGGAUCCUCUCUUGACCUCCCAUCUGUUUCCUCUCUGGAUGGACAGCUUGGGUACGCCGAGUCCUGUCCAAACUAUUAAAAGCAUUUUACAUAGACUGCCAAAGGCGAAUUUCACGUUACUCUCGCAUUUAAUUUGCGUACUGCACCAUGUGGCGAAGCGAUCCAAACGUAAUCUCAUGUGCGCCAGCAAUCUUGGCGUUUGCUGCGGCCCAAGUUUACUUUGGUCUUCGAACCCGACAGUGAAUCAGAGUAGAGCGAUCCCGACAAUCACGGAAAUGCUGAUCUGUCACUGCGAAGAUUUGUUCGGCGCGGAUGUUACGCAUCUACUCGGAGAAGACACGCGCAGCGACAGCGGAGCCGAGGAGAGUACUGACAGCCUUCAUUCAGGUGGAAUAUCCUUGGAUAGUCUGGACCUGACAGAGGCACCGCGUAGAGAUCCCAUGUCCCUGUCAAGAGACUCAGGCUUGACCUUGUCAGAUUGCCAAUUAUUCAUCCCGGAAUCACCCGUAGGCUCGGAAGACUCUGCCCCGAAUGCUCCAACGUCUACUAAUUACGAUAAAUCUUUUACGAAGGAAGAGAAGUCUAAUGGUAAAACCUACAUGCCAGUUUAUAGAUGCGGAUGGGAGGAGAGGCUGAACGGUUACGCGUCUGGCAACCAUAAUCAUACGAACAGCACGGAGCACAACUUUAGAGAGGAAAAGGCCAAUGAGUGUUACCCUAAUCCGUCUCAAUCGUCCAAUUUCCAACGGCAAGAUUGGCUACGGGCACAGCUGAAAAGAACACCUAGAACGAACAGAUUGGAUGAGCACGAGCACAGAAAGGAGAGAUUUGGCGACAAGGACAUAUAUGAUAGGGAAUACCUUAGACAGGACACGAUUAAAGAAAAUGUGGAGAACUGCAAGACUUAUCGGAGCAGACAGUUGAACGUAAGUUAUGAAAUACUAUCGGAGGAGUACAAUAGCAAGAGCUUGCAGCAGGACAUCCGAAAUGCCGAACGGGUGUCAAUUCACGACUCGGAGCAGGAUCUAACAAGCGGUGGCGACACAUCCCGCUCUAGCAGCGACUGCUAUGAGUUCAAGAAGGUCAAGUCCUCCGAGGUGCAGUACGUGAGUCUGGAGUCACCGAUGUCGGAGAAAGAGCGCUGUCGUCAAGCCCGCGACCGUGAUUUGUACGAUGACUUUGUUAGAGUAAAGGCUUCCAUAUACAUGGAAGCGUUGAAGUAUUGCAAGAGCAAGGACUCGAAUGGCGAAUCCGAUGGUAAAGUUACAUACUGCCAGGACAGGAGUCGAUCAACCGAGAUCUAUGGAACCGCGGAUGCGAACGAUUCUUAUAAAAGCGUAGUCGACCUUAGCGAGGAUGAGCAGGAGAAAAGAACUACGUCAUGGCCGGACACACCGCCGCCAUUGCCGCCGAGGCUCAGACACCUGCCGCCGGUGCAUAUGAAUCUCGAGGACAGGCAUAAAGUGGCGGGUAGGUCUAGGUCUUUACCACCGCCACCGCCCUAUCGACCUCCACCGCAACCUCGCGCCCCUAUCACCACGAGGCAUCUAGGAUUCGGCAGAUCCGUCGUUGAUGAUGAGAGCUACGUCUGAGAACGAAUGGCGGAUUCAUACUGGCUCUUAAUCAUCGAAUAUGCCCCCCCCCCUUUCCCUCCAUCCCAUUAUCCCGGUGUGUAUAAUGUCCAAGUCGUGGAUUUGUCACGACAAUUGAACCUAGUCGAAACUGAAACGUGCAUAUCGGGAUAGAGAGAUGGUCACGUUUAAUCGCGCCGUUGCGAUUUUUUGUUAAGAGUGACGAGUACUUAUCGUCCUUCUUUGAUCAAAUUUAGAGAUAGCGAGAUAAGUAAGACGAAGUGAGACGGCGAAUUAUAAAAUUCGCCGUCUAUUCGUGACCGCCGACAAUAGAUCUUGGCCCGUGUUCUUGUCGUAUUUUCGGCACUAAAUGUUCACAUUUAAUAUCUAUCUUUUGACUUGAAUUUUUCGCAUAAGCAGACGAAACUCUGAUUCAGAUGGUUGUAUUCAGGGCUAAAUACUAAAUGCUAAAUCGAGGACCCGGGCCUGCGACUGUCAUUCAGUGAUUCAGGGUGCUUCCACGAGCGUUAAUUCAUACUAUCUUAGUAGGCUUAAUGUUCGUAUUUAAGUAGCUAACUAAGCAUAGACUAAAUAAACGGACAAUACUAGCCCCAAGACGAUACUAUGAGUAACUCUUUUCUUACGUAAAUUACGUUUGUAAAAAUAUUAAUGAGAGAUGAAUUCUCUAUGAGCAUCGAAGAAGUGCUGUGGAAAUGCAGAUGCUGUUCUUAGCAGCACGAUAAAAGGCACAAUAAUGCGAUCGACGAAUAUACAACGUUUUAAUAGCGUCUUUAAAUCGGAAAAUGUUUUACCUUUCUCUAAAUUAUUUUUAGACGAAUGCAUUCUUCAAAUCGAGUGCACUUUUCUAUCGAUGCAAUGGCGCGUUUGUAUAUUUUAAGUUUGUGAGAAGCCAAGAUCAAUUGCGGGGAUAAUCACAAUAAUAAAGUAGUAUCGUAGAAGAGAACUUGUUAUAAAUUUCCCCCCAAAAAAAACAUUGUAAACUUUUUAUUUCGUUUUGCGCAGUCGUGACUGGUACCAAUUCGAAACUGAUUUUAAGUUAAGAAAGACCACUCUUCUCGACAUUAUGUUUUUUUAAUGGCUCUGUUAACAACGCGUUAAUAGUUGUGUUUUAAUCAAAUUUGAUUGACAGAAUUAUAUCUCUUCAAUAUUUUCUUUUCCGGACGUAUUUACCAGAUAUUUUUUUCACGCUUGCAUCGAACGGGAACGAAUCUUCCCUGUAACCAGCAAUGAUAAAUUUGUUUCUUUGACAAUCGUAACAUGAUUUACAAACAUAAGAUACUGUGUGCGUGGAUACAAUCGCGAUUAUCUUCUUAACGGCUAUAUAGAAUACAAGAAGCAUUGGAGUGUUAUAUACUAUACGACCAGGCUUUUGCCGUUCUUUGUAUAUAUUAAUCUGUGAACUGUCAUCUUUUAUAUCGUUGAACUUAUGAUACGAAGUGUAACACUCAUAAGAUAUGUAUACUUAUCUAAAUUAUAUAUGUUAUGCUAUAAAAGCAAAUAUAUAUAUUUCGUAUUUUAUA